AUAGAGUGAGACUUAGUCUCAAAAAUAAAAAAUAAAUAAAAGAAGGAGUAAAGCAACAAGAACAUUUAAGGUCCUGUCCUUUCUCCAGCUCACUGAAGAGGAUUCUGGCUUGGUCUCCUGUCUCAUUCCUUCCUCUGCUCUCUGAAGAUUCAGACUCUAUCUUUGGAGUCUAUAAAAUAACAUGUGAGAAGCAGAAGAGAAACUAGGAAAGAAAGGAAUGCAGGAGAAGAAAGGGAUAUGGGGGAAGAGAAAAGAAAGAACAGCUGCUAUGAGAUCAAAGUGUAUGGAAAAGGAUAUUUUAAAAGAUGGCAUGGACCCCUUUCAUGGUUCUUGGUUCUUGAAAUAUACAAGCAGAAGAGUCCUUUUGAAAUUACUCCUUGGUGGACCUGACACCUCUCAAGGAUUGAGCCAUAUGGGUCACUAUUUUCUAUGGACACAUUUACAGCUGUCAAUAGAAAUCAGUUCAGUCCUUUACUCUUCACAUAGACACCAUGUUUGCCAGUUUCCCUGUUAAAUAUGUUAGCCAUUUAGAGAUAUCGAACCUGCAUAUCACUGGUUUUCCUGUUAUACUAGAAAUCAAGUAAUUUGUGUCCCAUAGACUUUUGCAAAUUAAAAAAAAAAAUUUGUUAGUCGCUGUGUUGCCCAGGCUGGAGUGCAGUGGUGCGAUCAUAGCCCAUUGCGGCUUCAAAUUCCUGCGCUCGGCAGCCGCCAGCAGCUACUGCAAGGCAAAAGCCUGAGUGGACCUCUCUUUUGAAACUGCUGCUCUCUCACUUCUCAGACAUCACUGAGAGCUCAGCACCCAGGCUGAGCUCUGCACCGUUCAGAAGAAUGGAAGCUGAUGCAUCUGUUGACAUGUUUUCCAAAGUCCUGAAGAAUCAGCUGCUUCAGACUACCAAACUACUGGAAGAACAUUUGGAUUCUGAAAUUCAAAAACUGGUUCAGAUGGAUGAGGAUGAAUUGGAAUGCCUUAAAGAAAUGAGACUUGAGGCACUAAGGAAAGCUCAACAGCAGAAACAAGAAUGGCUUUCUAAAGGACAUGGGGAAUAUAGAGAAAUCCCUAGUGAAAGAGACUUUUUUCAAGAAGUCAAGGAGAGUAAAAAGGUGAUUUGCCAUUUCUACAGAGACUCCGCAUUCAAAUGUAAAAUACUAGACACACAUCUGGCCAUAUUGUCCAAGAAACACCUCGAGACCAAAUUUUUGAAGCUGAAUGUGGAAAAAGCACCUUUCCUUUGUGAGAGACUGCGUAUCAAAGUCAUUCCCACACUAGCACUGGUAAAAGAUGGGAAAACACAGGAUUAUGUUGUUGGGUUUACUGACCUAGGAAAUACAGAUGACUUCACCACAGAAAGUGUAGAAUGGAGGCUCGGUUGUUCUGACAUUCUUAUUUACAGUGGAAAUUUAAUGGAGACACUAUUUCAGAACCAAAAGAAAUUUGGAACAAACUUCACAAAGCUGGAAAAGAAAACUAUCUGAGGAAAGAAAUAUGAUUCAGACUCUGAUGAUGAUUAAAGCUCCGUAAUUCUUUGUAAAUUGUCCUUUUUUCCACUUCAGAUUUAAAUGUGUUUUUUAAAUUCUAUUAAUGUCUGUACAUUGGUCAUCUAAAUACUCAUAUUCUCAAGUUUGAUAUAGUUGUAUCACAUUGAAAGGCCAUCAUGUUUACGUUGAGGAAAACUUCUCAGUUCUUAAAUUAUCUGGGAAGGGUCUGGGAAGGGUCUCUAUUUUUGAGAUUGACUUGAUCACAGUAUGAUUCUUACAUCUUUAUACCAUUUACAAUUGUGGUUUUGAUCUACAGAGCUAGAAAUUCAAAAACUAUUCCAGGACUAAUUCUUAAUUGGCAUUAUUUAUACAAGAGAUCAAGUAACAUUUGCUGGCGCAAUACUGCACUUGUAAAUGAAUUAUAAACACUCUUCUGGAAUAUAUUUAAAUAACCAUUAAAGAACCGCUUAUUAAUUCUGGACACUGCAUGUUGAUGUUGAAUCAACUGAUGGCAGAUUUGUGAACAUACUGCCUUAUUUAAAGGGUCCUGAUUGCUUGUAUUUUAAGACAUUCGUUAAAAAGAAAUCAGGAAACACUUUUGAAAUAACAGCAUAAGGAACUUCACUAUCUCUGCUCAAUAAAACACCUGUAAUUGGAAAA